AUGGUAGCUGCUGCCUGCGAGUUUGCUGCAGACAGAGGAGAGCUUAAGUUUGACCAGGUGGAUCGGACGGAGGUGAUCCGCAGCUGCGUCAACCCCACCUACUCAAAGGUUUUCACGCUGGACUUUUAUUUUGAAGAGGUGCAGCGUCUGCGCUUUGAGCUGUACGACAUCAACAGCAGCCACAACGGCCUGAAGGAGGCGAUCUUCCUGGGAUCGGUGGAGUGCACACUGGGACAGAUCAUCUCCCAGAGGAAACUGUCCAAAGCUCUGCUCAGACCUGGAGGCACGGUGGGGAAAGCCAUCAUCACGAUCACAGCAGAGGAGCUGACGGGCAACGACGACUACAUCGAGCUCUCCUUCAGCGCCAGGAAGCUGGAUGAUAAGGACUUCUUCAGUAAGUCGGAUCCGUUCCUGGAGAUCCACAGACUGAACGAUGACGCCACACUGCAGCUCGUCUACAGAACUGAGACCGUCAUGAAUAAUCUCAAUCCUGUGUGGAAAACCUUCAAAGUUUCCCUCAACUCGCUCUGCAGCGGAGACCAUGAACGCAAACUGCAGUGCACCGUAUGGGACUGGGACUCAAACGGGAAACACGACUACAUCGGUGAGUUCGAGGCUACGUUCAAAGAGAUGAGAGGCGCCAUCGAUGGACGGCAGGUUCAGUGGCCGUGCAUAAAUCCCAAAUACAAAGUGAAGAAGAAGAACUACAAGAACUCUGGGAUUGUUAUUCUGAACCAGUGCAAGAUCAUCAAGAUGCACUCGUUCCUGGAUUACAUCAUGGGAGGCUGUCAGAUCCAGUUUACUGUCGCCAUCGACUUCACAGCAUCCAACGGAGACCCUCGGAACAGCUGUUCCCUGCACUACAUCCACCCGUACCAGCCCAACGAGUAUCUGAAGGCUCUGGUGGCUGUGGGAGAAAUCUGCCAGGACUACGACAGUGACAAAAUGUUCCCGGCGUUCGGCUUCGGCGCUCGGAUCCCUCCAGACUACAAGGUCUCCCACGACUUUGCAGUGAAUUUUAAUGAGGAGAACCCGGAGUGUGCAGGCAUCCAGGGUGUGGUAGAGGCGUAUCAGGCCUGCCUACCAAAGCUGCAGCUCUACGGCCCCACCAACAUCGCCCCCAUCAUCCAGAAAGUCGCCAAGUCUGCCUCGCAGGAGGUGCACACCAAAGAGGCCAUGCAAUACUUCAUCCUGCUGAUCCUGACAGACGGCGUCAUCACCGACAUGGCCGACACGAGGGAGGCCAUCGUUCAGGCUUCCCACCUCCCCAUGUCCAUCAUCAUCGUUGGGGUCGGGAACGCCGACUUCAGCGACAUGCAGAUGCUGGACGGUGACGACGGGAUCCUGCGCUCACCCAAAGGAGAGCCCGUCCUCCGGGACAUCGUUCAGUUCGUCCCCUUCCGCAACUUCAAACACGCAUCUCCAGCUGCUCUGGCUAAGAGCGUGCUAGCAGAAGUGCCCAACCAGGUGGUUGACUACUACAACAGCAAGGGCAUCAAGCCCAAAGUGCCCAGCCAGUACCAGUCUUCCAGGCCGUUUGGUCCAUGAGCCUACUGCCACAGCUGCCGCUGGACAGCACAUCCUGUCCUGGACUGAGAAAAAUGUUUACUGUCUUUUGUUCUUUGUUAAUGCGGAUGAUGAAGGUGCUACCUGCAGUGUCCUAUCAUUACAGCGUGGCUUACUUUAGACCUGAGCACCUAAGGUGAGCAGACGACGUCAGUCUCUGGGGUAGAAGUCGUGCUGGGUCUAAAUUCCACCAAUCUGAACCAGGUCAGGUCUCGUUGUUACCGAUACAGUCUUCUACCCGAGGGUGCAUGCUAUCAUCCAUCAUCACGAUAACUGCCUGAGGGGAAAUCAGAGCAGAAGUUAAAGGAAAAGUGGAGCUGUUUACAAUAGAAAACCUGCUGAUGCGUCAGCUGUUUGUUCCACUUUUAUGCAAAUCAUGGCCAAAGUUUUUAUUUAGACCUGCUUUUAUUUUGGGUGCAAUAAGAAGAAACACAGCUUUCAGUCUGAUGUAGAGCUACUAAUUAUUUAGCUGCAUUAGCCGUGGAACAGUCUUCUUAUUAUAUUGCUGCUCUUUGUUGUUAAUCGGUCGGCAUAACCAACCGCACACCAUCCUGCUGCUGCUGGUUGUCUUCUCUCUCUGCUGGGGUCUGUUCAGGUCUAGCUAAACAUAAUGGAAGCCUGUUUUGUAGCUGGGAAAACCUCUACGUUAGUUUGGUUCAAAACAAAAACAGGCGAGAUGCGUUUGGAUUACAUGAGUUUUAGUUAGCAUGCUUUGGGGGGAAAUGGGCCGUGUCAUUGGAUGAGAAACAAACUGAACGACUGAACUUCUCAUGAGAACCUUUCUGCUAUAAAUACUUGUUAAGCUGUAAUUCUUAUUAUCCUUAAAGACUAAACCUGAUCUGUUCACAUCAGCAUUUUUGCUCAAGGCUACAAAGAAAACUCAAAGCGAGUGUUUGUGGAGUGUGAGGUGGAAUCAAAACGUUCCAAAUAAGAAUCAAACAGGCGCGUUUCAUUGGCCAAUCUGUUCUUCAGGGUCAUCUCUGUGUGUCGCUCUCUGGACGUCCUGUUCAAACAGCAGUAACAUUCACAGCUGUGAUUUCACCCGGGACCUGAAACGCAUGCACAGAGCAAAUAUCAACUUUUUUUUGUCAAACUGACCUGAUUUUUGUGACACUGAGCUGAGCCAUGCUGCAUCAGGGGAGGAGUGCAGUCAGGCUCACGUGGACCUGGUUUGGAUUGUGCAGUGAUGCUGUGAGUUAACUGAGAGAAAGACCGCCUGAACUUUACGUUACGCCAACAUAAUUGUUGCCUGAACCAGUCGCGUGAAUUACUCUCAGAUUUGUCACUAAAAUGAUUUGAACACCUUUUCGGCACAUUAGAGUAAACCCAGCACACGCCACAGAUACAACUGAAAGUGACUGGAACAUAACGUCCAGGGAGCGAUUUAAAAGUAGUCCAGCGACGCUGCCUUGAACAGGAGAUUUCACUUUAUUAUUUUAUUAGGUGGAGUGAAGAACAUUUCUUAUUGGAGGCCGUUACAGCCAAUGAAUAUAGAGCAGGGGUCCCCAAUCCCAGUCCAUGAGGGCCGG